AUGUCCGCUCCUAUCUUUGCGCAAGAGGCUACGCAGGAGCGAGCUGAAAAUGCGCGCCUGUCGUCUUUUGUAGGCGCCUUGGCUUUAGGCGACUUGGUGAAGAGCACCCUGGGCCCCAAAGGAAUGAACAAGAUUCUGCAGUCCGUGGGCUCGACGGACAUUGUCGUGACGAACGAUGGAGCCACCAUUCUCAAGUCCAUCUACCUCGACAACCCCGCCGCCAAGAUUCUCGUCAAUAUUUCCAAGGUGCAAGAUGACGAAGUGGGCGAUGGCACGACGUCUGUGUGCGUCCUAGCCGCAGAGCUACUGCGCGAAGCCGAGCGGCUGGUGCAAUCGCACAUUCAUCCACAGGUAGUUGUGGACGGAUUUCGCAUCGCUAGCGAGGCUGCUCUUCGAGCUCUUGUGAGUGCUGCUCAAGAUCACAGUGCCGAUAAAGACGCUUUCCGGAACGAUUUGCUCAACAUCGCAAGAACGACACUGUCAUCAAAAGUUCUGUCGCAGGAUAAGGACUAUUUUGCCAACCUGGCUGUUGACGCAGUUCUGCGUUUGAACGGCUCGACAAACCUGGAGAAUAUUCAAAUCAUCAAAAAGCUCGGAGGCAAACUGACCGAUAGCUAUCUUGACGAAGGAUUUAUCCUCGAUAAAAAGAUUGCACCUGAUUCCAUCAAACGCCUGGAAAAUGCCAAAAUUUUGAUUGCCAACACAUCCAUGGACACCGACAAGAUCAAAGUAUUUGGUGCGCGUGUGCGUGUCGAAGGCACGAGCAAGCUCGCUGAAAUUGAGCGAGCCGAGCGCGAGAAGAUGAAAGCCAAAGUGGAACGUAUCAAGGCGCAUGGCAUUACGUGCUUUGUCAAUCGACAGCUUAUCUACAACUAUCCCGAGAGUCUUUUAACAUCUGCUGGCAUUAUGAGCAUUGAACAUGCCGACUUUGAGGGUGUGGAACGCUUGGCCUUGGUGACUGGCGGUGAAAUCGCCAGCACGUUCGACCGCCCAGAUUUGGUGCGUCUUGGCGAAUGUGCUUUGAUUGAAGAGGUCAUGAUUGGUGAGGACAAGCUGAUCAAGUUUUCGGGUGUCAAGGCGGGCGAAGCUUGUACUAUCGUUCUGCGCGGUGCCACGUCGCAAAUGAUUGAUGAAGCUGAACGUUCAUUGCACGACGCUCUGAGUGUGCUGAGUCAAACGGUGAAGGAGACACGCGUCACGUUGGGUGGUGGCUGCGCAGAGAUGAUUAUGAGCAAUGCGGUGGACGAAGAAGCGCGGCGAACAGCCGGUAAAAAGGCUUUGGCUGUCGAAGCCUUUGCCAUCGCACUGCGUCAGCUUCCAACAAUUUUGGCCGACAAUGCCGGUUUGGACUCUGCUGAUUUAGUGGCCAAGCUGCGUGCGGCACACCAUGAUGGCCACUGUGACCAAGGUCUUGAUCUGGAUCAAGGCACUUUGGCUUCGAUGGCCGACCUCGGUGUGACAGAGAGCUACAAACUUAAGCGCCAGGUGAUCAUUUCAGCGAGUGAAGCAGCAGAGAUGAUUCUGCGUGUCGACGACAUCCUACGAGCCACGCCACGUAAGCGCGAGGCGCACUAG